GCUAGCCUCAUUUUAGCUAACAUGACGCCGGUGACACGGAGCGAAAUACCGCAGCCUCGUCCUUUAAAAAGUCGCUAAACUAACCGGAAAACCCAGUUAUAAAAGCUGUCCGUGGCUUGAAACGGGCCACAGUAGCCUUAGAGAAGUUUCAUACCGAGCUGACAAACUGUUUUACCGAAUUAAAACCGCGCUUCGUGUUGGAGUAAGUUCGCCGCUAACGUUAGCUAACUGCGCUAUGCUAAGCUGAGCUAACAGGAUUAGCUCCGGGAGCUAAACACGAGCUAAAGGGGGUUAAAUGGCAGCGAAGCGGAGCAGCUGGUCCUGUCCGGCAGAGCGACUGUGAAGGAUGCUCCAGGGCCCAUACAGCAGUCUGGACCGGGACCGGCCCCUCAUCCGGCUGCCGUUCACCGACUUCGCUGUGGGGACGGUUCUCCUCCCUCUGGUCGGCCUCAUCGGCUGCCUCUUCAUCUCCCUCAUGUACCACUUUGAGGACUCGACAUACACCCAUUGCCAAGUGUCAAACUACCUCCCAUCCAUCAGCUCCGCUAUCAGCCGCGUCCCGGAGCGCUACAUCUGGCGCUGCUGCAUCGGUCUGCACUCGGCGCCGCGUUACCUGGUGACCGCCGCCUAUUUCAGCUUCUACCGCUGCCGCUUCGCCAAGAGGCUGCCUGAGCUGCUGCUGAGCGGCCUGGCUCUCCUCUGCAGCCUCGCUGAAAACUCUGGCCUGCUGCUGCUCACAUACGUGGCGUCCACUGAAACUUACAGUGUUCAUAAAAAUUGUUUCAUCGUGUUCAUAGCAAGCUCGCUGCUGCACAUGCUCGUUACCUGCAGACUGUGGCAUGUGAUCAGGAAACACUACGUGAACCCAGAGGAAAUUACGUCUUAUCGCUGGAAGUUGCGUCUCUUCGUGUUUAACGUCAGCUGCUGUUUGAUCGCUGCGUACUUCUUCAGACGCCACAACAAGUACUGUGAAGCUGGAGUCUAUACCCUGUUUGCCUUCUUCGAGUACCUGGUUGUCUUCUCCAACAUGGCCUUCCACAUGACGGCCUUCUGGGACUUUGGGAGCAAAGAGGUGAUCGUGGCCACACCGCCGGAGGACAAACGAUACUGAGCUGAACUUUUAACUGACAUUUCCAGACACAUGCAGGUGUCGUGUUGCCUCAUGAACAGUUUAAAAAAUGAACUGAUGAAGCUAUACUUGAUCAUUCCAACGACACUUUCAACCUUCAGCCUUGUGAUGUUCCGUCAGAGCACACGUAUAACGCGAGUGAUGUAAAAGUGGCCGAUAUUAUCCCUGCAGGUUCGGCGGCUUGGAUGAUGUGUCGCUAGGAUCCCACCGACACAAACCGGGUGAGAUCAGAUUGUCACGUCAUGGAAAUUUUUGUGUAGUGUGGGUUUUUUCUGCAUAGAGGAAUUAUUGAUGCCGUACAGAAAGGGCACUUUAGCUGACACCAAAGGAAAAUCACCAGUACCAACAUGACAAGAACUGAAAACAAAAAUAUAUUUAAAUUUUUUACAGCACUUUGUGUAUUGGGGUUUCAUUUACUCAAGUGUAAAAGACAGUUAUACUUAACAGUUGUUAAAAAAAAUAACAGCAAAAUGCACAGAUUGCUGUAAAACCGACUUGUUCAUGUUUGUUGUCAUGCGUAGUUGGCCUCCAAAGACCCGAGUCGUUCUGUAGGAAAAUCUUGAAAAUAAAUGUAUAAAUUCAUCUUUGAUUUCUAUCUUUUUGAAUAAUGUAGUGCAACAAUUGCACAUAAAAUAAUAUUAUGUGUUAUUGCUGUUUAUUCUGUUGUUAAACGCUCUUUUAUACGUUUACAAGUACCUUGCGAGGUGCUCAUCUGCCAUCAGGACCGACUUGGUGUUCAAGCCACUAACCUGGACAACCCGCUCACCCACCUGUCGUUGGAUUACAUGCUCGUAUAAAGAAAAAUCUGAUUGUAAAAUGAUUUCGUAUCAUUGCCAACAUAUGAGAUGCUUACAUUAGAGCUAACCUCAGUUAUAACAUGGCUAUCUGUUGAAUCAAUAACUGGUGUUGGUGUGAUAGGUUGCAUCCAUACAAGCUACAUUUUCCUUGGCAUUUUUGAAGAAAAAACCACAGCACUUCCAAUUAAAUACAACUAAAGGUCAGUACAUAAUGCCACCACCGUACACAGAGAGCUAGUAUCAGCUAGUUGUUUUGUUUUUUUAAAAUCUGUAGGCAGCAAAAUUUUAAAAAUUCAGUUUACAACGAAUGAAUAAAAUUAGUUACUGGAUGUAGGAAACUUCUUUUGCCAAUUUGGUGUAGCUUCAGUGUAGUGAUGUUUCAUGUUAACUCUCUGAACUCCAAUUUCUGGAUAUUUUUUUUCACUGUAAUAUAAAGACCUACAACUUAAAACAGCCCAAACGUGACUAGAAGAGAGAGUAUGAUGGGCGGGCGAAUAUAUAUAUAUUUUUUGUUUUAAUAUGGUUUCUGUAGGAGGACAAACAUGACAAACAUUCUUAACGUUUUCCAAUGCUGUAAAAAUGUGCAAAAUAAAUAAUAAAUUUCAACAUUUCUGUCAACGAA